AUGGCUACUAGUCAUGUUCGCUCGAUCAGCUUGCCCUCCAGAUCUCAUCCUCUGAAUGGAAGUGUUGAAGAUCAAUUGGAGAGGUUGAGAUCAUCACAAACAACUUCCACUUCUGCUUACCACAAAUUGAGUGGCCUCAAAGUUUUGUACGAGUGUGUUGAUGAUUUUCUUCAACUGCCUCUAUCCCAACAAACCCUCUCCAAUGAACAACACAAAGAAGGGGCAGAAGAGGUGUUGAAUGGAUCUUUUCUCUUGUUGGAUGUGUGCAGCACCACCAGAGAUGCUUUUUCAUCAAUGAAGGAAUGCUUGCAGCAACUUGAAUCAUCCCUCAGAAGAAGAAAAGGUGGAGAAUCUGGCUUGGCAACUGAAGUUGAAGCCUAUAUGGUUUCUAGGAAACAAAUUAAUAAAACAAUCCGCAAAUGCUUUAGAAAUUUGAAGAGCGUGGAAAAGAAAAACCCUUCAGCAGUAGAUGCUGUCGGCAUGCUAAGAGACGUUAAAGAAAUAAGCCUUGAAAUUUUCCAAUCUCUCUUGUCCUUGGCUUCUCAGCCAAAGGCAAGAUCAAGCUCCCAUGGCUGGUCUGUCGUUUCAAAAUUAUUUCAAUCCAAGAGUGUAUCAUGCGAAGGCGAAGCCACAGAAUUGGAAAAGAUAGAUGCUGAAUUGCUUGUCCUGAAGUCAAGCAAAGACAUCAAUCCUGUACAAGUGCAAAAUGUAUUGAAAGGACUCGAGGCAUUAGAGUCCAGCUUUCAGGAAGCAGAGGAGGAGUUGGAGGGAGUUUACAGGAAGCUAGUGAAAACCAGAGUCUCAAUUCUCAACACUCUCAGCCACUAG